AUACCCCUAGCCCGGCGGACUCGUUAGCUCGUGCUCUGCCCUACGACCUCCCCUUUCACUAAGGGACCUACGAGACCGCGUCAACCAGUCUUCUGGAUGCUAUCAGUGCCUUCUUCGACUUCUUCCGCUGUCUUAUUUGUGUUUUUGUACACUCCAUUCGCUCACUAACAUAAUAGUAUUAAUUCUGCAAAGACCUACCUUACAUACCAGCUAAUCACACUCUUUGUACCUGUUGCCUUUCAGGCUGCCACUCUCUAAUCCGGCUCAUCAUUCGAAGCUGUCCACUCACUAAAUACCCUUCACCCCAACCGACCACGUCUAUCCCGGAGACCUGACGACUACAUCAUCAAUAUGGCGUACCACCAGCAACCGCAACAAUCCCGCUACGGCCAGUGCGAUUCGUACUUUGUCGAGUCUCAUGAUGAUGGCAUCUAUGCCAUGCGAGCAGAGGCCAGAGAACGCCAUCGCGCUGUUUCCAAGAUGCAACAACGAGCAAUCGCUGAGGAACUCUCAAGGCAAACCGCCGAUGAAUACCAAGAAGACAUUAUGCAACACAUGAUCCACAUGGAGUCACAGACUCUACCUGACGUCAACUCAAUCGACAUCCAGACAGAGAUCCAGUGGUUCAUGCGCCCAUACCUCCUUGACUUCUUAGUCGAAGCUCAUGCUGCUUUCCAGUUGUUGCCCGAGACCCUUUUCCUCGCCGUCAACCUUCUCGACCGCUACUGCUCUCGCCGUGUUGUCUACAAGCGUCACUACCAGCUCGUUGGCUGCGCAGCCCUGCUCAUUGCCGCCAAGUACGGUGACAAGAAGGACCGUGUCCCGACUGUUCGGGAGCUCAAGUCCAUGUGCUGCUCGCUGUACGACGAUGAAAUGUUCACCCAGAUGGAGUGGCACGUUCUGCAAACUCUUAACUGGGUCAUUGGUCACACCACGGUAGAUGCCUUCCUCCAGAUCGCCCUGUCGGAGGCCCCCUACGAUGCUGAGGUUGAGCACAUGACUCUUUACAUCGCCGAGAUCGCUCUCUUCCACAAGGAGUUCGUCUCUACUCGACCAUCUGUCCUUGCCCGAUCCGCCCUCGCCCUUGCGAGAUGUGUCCUGUCCCGACCUCAAGCACGCAACACAGAUUGGUCUGGUGCUUACGACCCCCAAACAGUCAUUGGUCUGUCCAACCAUCUCUACCAGCCAUCUCCGGUACUUUCCCGCAAGUAUGCCUCCAUGCAUCUGUCAACCGUAUCCGCCACCGUCGAGGAGUUCCUCCAACGGCAAGCGCAGAUUGCGCGACGACAAGCCGCCCCGCCCACACCGCCACCGACCGUCACCAUCGAGGAGCCCAAGCCUGUCGUCACUGUGAACGCUUACGGACCCCAGACGCCCAACAAGAACCCAUACGGCUCUGUCAUGCACAAUGGAUGUCCCACACCGCCCAUCACACCGGAGGGCGAGCACUUUACCUACGGCCACGUCGUCAAGUCGCAGCCCACUUCGAUGUACCCCACGACUCCCACUCCGGAUCAUCCGGCGAACGCGCAACAUCAAGGUCAAUACUUCCACCAACAAUACCUCCAUCCCCAGCACGUCCAGUAAAUUACCGCGCCGGGCAGUGGUUGUACACCAUCACUGUCGAAAAAAUUCAACUGCCAUGGACUGUUAUGAUCACGUCCAUGUGUGCUCCGUUGUACCAAAAAUACUCGCGUAUGAGCGUCAUAGCAUGGUCAUUUCUUCCAGCAUUUACAAGCGUCUGUUACUGUUAUUUUGCGAUAUCAAAGACGUCACUUUUCUGUUUCGAGCAUUUCUUUUGUUAGGUCCGACCAAAAAUUAAACGGUCGUCCACUGUCAUUUCCGCACGGCAGCCAGUCCUGUGGUUUU